CCGAAGGAACCAGUUUACGAAUUUCCCGCGGAAACAUAAACGUAAACAAAUCCAAACAAUGCCACAAGUUAAAAGCAAAUUUAUUGUAUCAUUCACGUCACAGGAUGAACACUAUAAGGCUGCCAAUCUAAUCACCUCUGAUGGUUUCAAGAAGUGGUUAUCCCAUCCAAAGGAGAGAUCAGGAGAGAUUUCAGUAACUCUGCAACUAGAAAGAGAAUGCUCCAUAUCCUAUAUAGAUAUUGGUACUCACUGGUGUGCAAAUAUAGAAAUUCAGGUUGGAAGAUCAGACUGGCCACAGGGUGUAGACUAUGAAACACUGGCUCCAACCUGUAUAAUGAUGACACCUAUAGAUUGUAAUCUAGCACGGAAUUGUACCAGCACUAGAAUGUUUUCAUCAAAGGAUUUUAAAGACCAUGUUGCAUCAAAGACUUGGGACAGAAUAAGAAUCAUUUGUCGACAACCAUUGAAGAAGGAUGUACAAUUUGGGUUGUCUUUCCUUUGUAUUAAAACAAUGGACACUAUCACACCUAGUAAAGAUCAGUCUUCAGUUUCCACCAACCAACAGAAGACAAUACGAUCCAUUCAAAAACAUUUCUUUGGAAAGACAAAAUCAAGUGAGACCCCCACAAAUGAAGUGAAAACAAAAUUACUGAAAAUGGCUGGCUCAUCUGAAAAUGGUACAGAGAUGGAAGGUGCCAUGUCACGUACAGCCAAACUAGUGUUAGCAGCUUCAGCAGGAAGUAAACCAAGGGAAGCUACUCCAAAUAAGACACCUUUCUACUCUGAUACAUUAGCACAGAAAUAUGGACCAGAGUUCAGCGAGGAAGUAGAGAACUUUUUGAAAGGUUUGCAAAUAAAAGAAGAAGAACUUGACAAAGUUACAAUUGCUGAUUUAAGACAUAAAUUGGAAAGGAAGAAAAAGAGAAAACUUGACAAAGAUGAAAGAAAAACUUUUGCUGAAAUGGCUCGAAAUUAUAUCUGUACACUUUUUGGUGAAAGUGAUGAUGAGAAAAAAGAGAAUUCUGGGAAAUCAAGGGAGGGAAUUGAAAAUAUAAAAAAAGAUAACAUUGAAAAUAACUCUUUACAAAAGAAAAUUGUGUAUUCUAAAACAGAGAAAUGUAAAAAGACUGAACAAAGUUGUAAUGGCAAAGAAUGGAAAUCAGGGAUUAAGGACAGAAUUAACUCCCCUGAAAGACUAAAUACUAGUGAAGAUGGGGCAGAAAAAUAUGGAAACUUUCAUCUUAAAAAUGACUUUGCAUCUCCUAAAUCAACACCAGCAGAUGAACAGAAGAAGUCUGAUAUUACAAAUCAACUGAAACAAAUAAGACAAAAUGCUCAUAAAAAUUACACAGCAAAUGUAGAUAAAAUACAAUCACCCGAAAACUCUGCCUCCACAGUAACUAAUAAUUUUAGUCAUGAAGAAAAUUUGUCAGAAUCAGGUUCAAACAACAAGUAUGAUAAUUUUGCCAAAAAAAUGGCAUUAGACAAUGAAAUGUAUAAAAAUAUGUCAUAUCUUGAAAGAAAGGCAUUUGCAUUUACAAAUCCUUACAAGGCCAAUAAAAACAGCAACAGCAUGAGUUUUGGACCCAGUAAAUCUGACAGUGGCUAUGAUGAUGAGUCACCAGUGAAGAAUUCCGUCUCAUCUCCCAGUACUAAUGAUCAGUGGUUAUCCAAAGUUAAUCCUUCUAGAAACGAUGUGAUGAUUUCACCUCCUACAAGAGGUAAAAGGAAGAGAGGUCCAAAUGGAGCUAUUGGAGGGAAGGCCUCCAAAGUUUCAAAGAACUCAGAUGGGGAGAUUGAAUAUCUAUCAAAAUCUGGGACUCCUAAAAGAGGAAGAGGCAGAGGACGUGGAAAUACAGUGGCUGGCAAGGAAACCAGACCAACAUCAUUUGAACGAUGUGAAAACUGUCAAGAAACCUUCCCUCCAGGACAGAUGAAAAACCAUAUAAUGACUUGUACCAAUGGCAGAUCUGUAUCUCCAGAUGUCAUAGAAGUGGGUGUGUCAGGCCCUGCAGCAGUCAACAGUUUAAGGUCCCCAGAAUAUGUAGAAUGUCCUAUUUGUAGUCAGUUUUACAGUUCAGAUGUAGUACAGUUUCAUGCCAGUAUAUGUGGAGAUAUAGGAUAUUAAAGAUUAACAUAGUGCUAUUUCAAAUAUUUUUAAAACUGUUUUAUUUGUAUUUUUAUAAAGCUUACUAUGUUUCAAUCAUUGAUAUAUACAGUUAAAUAGUACAUCCAGAGAAAUUUAAAAGAUAUCAUUUCUGGAGUGUGUAGACAGAAUCACAGUGAGAUAUUAUGAUUGACAGAUAUGUUGGGUCCUAACUAUCUGAUUUAUAUGUAAAUGAGUAAUCAGUGUAAUGGUUAAUUUGAUACUGUGAAUUCAUUAUUAUUCGUUGGAUACCAAUUUUCGUGGUUUUCGUGGGUACAGGUAAACCACGAAUUCAAAUGUUCCAUGAAUAUCAUAUUUUCAAUAGGCUUUGUAUACAGAGGUUGGCAAAACCACGAAAUCAAAUAUCCUCGACUAUGCAAGUUUUUAGCAAUCCACGAAAAUUGAUACCCACGAAAAUAAAUGAAUCCACAGUAAUGCAUCUUGUUUUAAGUCCUGCCAAGAAUUAUUCAUUAUGAAAAUUGUCAUUUUUGACCAGUAAAACAGUUAUUUAUGACUAUUUAAGUUACUAUGUAUUUACUUCCUAUU